GUUUCCAUUCUUCAUUUGAGCACCCGCCCUUGGUCCCUCUCUCCCAUCGCCCUCGCCGUUCGUCUAGUGCUGCACCACCGCCGGACGUCCUGCACCAACUUCUCCGUCCCGCCGCCGUUCGUCUUUUGCCGCACCUCUGUUCGUCUCUUGCCGCACCCCUGUUGAGUGUUUAACAACGAUGUAUCUUCAGUUUUACAUCAACGACAAUGGUGAUAAAGUAUACACCACGAAGAAGGAAACACCUCUAGGUUUGGCCACACAAUCUGCUCAUCCAGCUCGUUUCUCCCCCGAUGACAAAUACUCGAGGCAGAGAGUUCUUCUUAAGAAGCGAUUUGGCUUGCUACCUACACAGCAGCCACCUCCAAAGUACUGAACUUGUCAACGCAUUCUGAAAUCAACUCUAUGGCACUACUCAAGUGUUUGUUUCCCAAUUCCCCACCUAUAGAGUAGAUAGUGACUCGGUUAAACUUUGAUAGAUAGUUUUGCCUUUUUCUCUAUGGCUUGUAAUGGAGCUGUAAAGCACAAUUCACUGUUGAACCUUUCUUUAAGCUUGUCAUCUGCUUUAUAAGUAAUGAACUUUAUUUUACUGAAAGCAAACUUAUCUACUUUGAA